AUGUCUUAUUCUACUUAUAAUUGUCUGUUAACUCUUGACACAGAUGGAGUGAAUGAAAUAAUUGGUAUAACGGACCAAGAAGUGAACCAACCUCCUAAUGAGGAUCAAGUGGAAGAACUAUUUCCUGAGAUCAAUGUUCCUCAAGAUCAUGGUUCAUAUGAACAUGUCAAUGAGAAUGUAGCAUGGUUGGCACCAGAUUUAUUCUGGGAGAAAAAGAUCACCAAGGCUCUGAAGGGGGGAAAUGUUUUACUAACAAUUUAUAAUAAGUUGGACAAAAAAUAA